GUCCACCUGUUCAUUUCACAGCAGGUGAGCGGACAAAAGCGAGCCGGCAAUUUUGGAGUGGUCUCGGCUGCAUUUACCUCUUUCAACAAAAUAGCUGACUUUAAAGAGAGAUGCAACACUGUUGAGCGUUGGUUUGGUAGCAUUGACCGCUUUAUGGGAUCAGGAGGAGUACAGGGAGAAAGCGAAGUCACCUCACAACUUCUGGACAGUAUUAAAACCGAUAUCGAGGACCUAGCCUCUAAUGUUGAGGGUAAGCUCAUAGCCCCUAGAUACGCUCAGGUGUUCCAUAGUUAAAAUUCCUAUCUCUGGUAGUGAUAACAGAAGUAGGCUAAAGUGAGUGAAAAGAGCUGUAAACUCUGAUGUUAAACCCGUACCUUCUCGAGCUUUUGUAAGUAUGCUGUCGAUUGGCAUCUGAUGUUUACGCUCCCCCGGACUACUUUAACAACUUCUGAUACCCUGAAGGAAAUGAAUGAAAAAAGAACAUUUCUUCUUUCCGGAGUUUGAUUGUCCUUUCUUUCUAAUUUACUUAUUUGCAGCUGGGUUUAAAGAAAUACUUGCCGGAAAGGAAUACAGUGAAAUUCUAGCCAGCGUCACGAGUCACAUGGACACUUUUCGUAACCUUCACAACGUACAAAAGGAGUACUUAGAAGCAACCAAACGCUACAAAGAAACUGCCGCUGCAAGAAGAAGCAAGAAAUCAAUGCAGGAGACAAGACAAAAAUGGUUUGACUUAGUAAGUAUAUAUACAGAACAUACUAGGAUAUCCCGCUCUGUUUAAUACUAGUUGCUAGGGUAUAAACAGACCAAUUGUAUUGUUUGCUACACUUCCUAGGAUACACCAUUUACACCUUGGGACACUUUCUACGACUAUGUUUCCGUAGCUUUUUGUUCUCUAUAGCGCAUGUUAACUGUAACUAAAAAUAUUCUUGAUGUGUCUUUUUUCCAAAUUUUCAGGUUGGCAAGAAACUUGUUGCUUUGAAGAACGCGCUAAUUAUUCUUCAUGAAAAUAUUUGUGACCCCAUCUUGAACAGCUAUGAUUUGUUUGAAGGUUACGCGUGGAAGAAAGGUCAACAGCAGGGGACUGGUACACAAGUGGAUCUUAUGAACUUCAUAACAAACAUUCGAAUGUUAGAAGCAAAUGCUUAUGGUGUAUGGAAGAGUCACAUCUUAAAGAAAUAUGAAAACGACGAGGAAAGGCAAAAAAUGGAGAUAAACAAUAUUCAAAUGAAGAUCGACAAUGUGGCAAAACGAGAAAAUGCAGCAAUCGCUAGAGCAUUUACAAGAAUAACUGAUUAUCAAGGUUUGUUAAUAUAAACUAUACUGAAUAAUGUUUUGGUCGUUUUUGACUUCGUGUGUGAUUAGAUUAGGCCGAGGUGGACAUGAAAAGUCAUGAAACCACUUAAGCCUUUUGGCUAUUCCUUACGAACAACAAGCGGAUUAUUUUUUGGUCUCUUUGUAUCAGUAAUGUAUCCUGCUGAAGGCAGUGAACUUUUGUAAGGUUUUUACUUGACUGUCUUCCUCCUACAACGAGGAGACUGAUUGUCAACAUUGUUUGCUGUGGCUAUGAAAGCCAGAAGGUGGUUAUUGAUAAGUUCUUGCCGUGUGUCGAAGUGGAUCUAUUGCAAGUUCUCUUCAAAUGCACCGAUCACCUUAGGGACACUGUAGUGAUACUGACUUACUGCUGCCCCCUUUGUUAGUUCCCUGUUUAACCAGCUGUGCCUAUUUAACUCUUUCCCGGUUAGGGACUCCGGCCUUUGGAAGGAUCCGUUGGACACAUGCGUUUGAGAAUACAAUUGGUUAUGAUAUCCUUGGAAAUCCCAUAAAAAAGAAAUCUGACAGGUUUGAAAACGAUUAUUGAUUGUUUUAUGGCUGUCAAACAGAUAACAUUGCAUUCAGCGAAGCCAACAAUCAGAGAAUGAAUUUAAAAUAAACCAGUGGAAAAGUUAUACAAACUAGUAAAUAAUAACCUAAAUUCUCAACUUAACUCCAAUUUUAGUGACUGUUUAGCUUUUUAUUCGCAUCAUUUAUUUAUUUAUUCUUAAUUAACUCCCUUCUCUAUCUGUAUAAUGUCUUCUUUGUCUUCUUUGCGCAACACGUGAAAUUGUUCCUUUUCCUGGUGAUUGCCUAUAUUAUUAUUCACCAGAUAUUCGCAAACGUCUACUGAACUAAAUUUGGCCAUGCAACGCUAGCUGCUGGUAGUGGAGAAUAAGCCGGGGGAGCUGAGCCAAUCAGAAAUGAAACGGAGAAAUAUACAAAAAUAAAAUAGGCGAUAUUACUGAAACUAAAAAAUUUUGAAAAGAGUUAAACUAAAGAUAGCCUUCAACUUCAUUGUAAGUUUUCUUAGUUCAAAGUUGCAUACAAUUACGCUACAUUAUAAGGUUUCUUACGUUGAUCCCUUUAAAAUUUUGUUGAAUAUUUUCGUGGAUAGACCUCAAUUUUUGCCUCUUUCAAGAUUCCUAUAGUACCAUACAGUGACAGGGGCUACAAUCUUGAAAACAAGUACAUUUUUAAUUUCUUUAAACAGGUGUUUGACCAAUAUGGGUGGAAUGGAAGCUGUCCCUUACGCCAGAGAAUGCUCAGAUGACUUAAACCAACAGUGGAAACUGUUCUCUGAUAACACAUUGCGGCCCAAAAAUGAUAUUAACAAGUGCUUGUUUCUGAUGGAGUCUGGAGAGGGCAAUUUCAGUCCCUCUGAUGACUUUAAAUUACUUCCAUGCAGCUCAAGAAACGGCAACAAACAAUUUGUGUUUGAAUACCUGACACAGCAGGAAGCAAGCGAACCAAAACUGUUUACUUACUUCAAGUUGAAAGCUAAAAAUAACGGUGUUGGCAGGAACGGUUGUCGUGGCCGGAAUGUUUAUUUAGUGUACAGAGGGAUUGAAGCCGGAUGGGAAGGUGGGGGCCCUGAGUUUGAAGACUUGUCCCCCAGCUUACUUUCCUGUCCCUGCCCCGGUGGCAGCGCCGGUCAGGAUGUUCAUAAUUGUCUCAGCAAUGAUUUCAUUCCCGAUACCAAGCCUGGUUGGUUUAAAUUUGAACCAGUAUCUGAAUAA